CACCCAUUUCCACCGCAACAUGGCCACAACAGCCUCCGAGCCGACAAGCCCAUCCAACACCCGUCUAGGUUGGAUUGGAACUGGCGUCAUGGGCCUCUCCAUGUGCUCCCACCUAAUCAACGCCGGCUACAAUCUCACCAUCUUCACCCGAACCCCCUCCUAGGCCCAACCUCUCCUCUCUCUGGGUGCCCACUGGGCCGACUCCCCCAAAACUGUCGCCUCCCAAUCCGACGUCGUCUUCUCCAUCGUCGGUUACCCAUCCGACAUUGGCCACGUUAUCCUCCACCCAUCCACUGGCCCUCUCUCCGGUUUACGCCCCGGAGGCAUCAUCGUUGACAUGACCACCUCGGAUCCCUCACUCGCCGUUGAAAUACACUCGGCAGCCACCUCUGCCGGCUGUUCCGCCGUUGACGCCCCAGUAUCCGGCGGCGAUCGUGGCGCCCGCAACGCCACUCUCUCUAUCUUCGCAGGCGGGGACGGACCUAUCAUCGAAAAACUAAAACCCAUUUUCGCCCUCCUCGGAAGAGUUUAUUACAUGGGUGCUCCAGGAAAGGGGCAAUUCACGAAACUAGCAAACCAGAUAACCAUAGCUUCAACAAUGGUGGGGCUUUGUGAAGGUUUAGUAUAUGCCCACAAGGCAGGUUUGGACCUAGAGUUGUACUUGAGUGCGAUAUCUACAGGCGCGGCUGGAUCCAAGUCGUUGGAUUUGUAUGGGAGUAGGAUUUUGAAAAGGGAUUUCGAGGCCGGAUUUUUUGUGAAUCAUUUCGUGAAGGAUUUGGGGAUAUGCUUGAGGGAAUGUCAGAAUAUGAAUUUGGCAUUGCCGGGUUUGGCACUGGCUCAGCAGCUUUAUCUUUCGCUUAAGGCUUAUGGUGAGGGGGAUUUGGGCACCCAGGCGCUUGUUUUGGCGCUUGAAAGGCUCAACAACGUAUCACUCGAUUCUGCUGGUGGUGCUGCUGCUUCAGGGAAUAAAACAUGAAGGUAGGGAUUGGUAAAGUUUUGAUAUUUUGAGGAUGGAAAUAUAAAUGUUAUUACACUUCUUUUUGUCACAUUUUGAUUGUGUUGGAAACUUCGAUAUGGAUCAUAAUUCUGGUA